UGUAUGGUCCAAAAGCAUGUCGAACGAGUGGCCACCAGUAUGCCGGUGCACUCAACUGAGAAAGGAAUAUAUUUUCAAAACCCAAUAUUUGAUUCUAAGACUCAACUGUAAAAAUAUGAUUAUCGGCCUCAUGCGAAAAGUCGCAAUUUUUUACAAAUUUUCAAAAUUGAAGAAAUACUUGAGGGGAAUUUCGCCGUUAUAAUCUGAUAUCUGGAAUCCAGCAUAAGUUUUGCCCAACCAUUUGGAAGCAGUUUCUUUGGUAUUCAAUCUCCCAAAAGUGACAUCAAAAUUUUCCAAGAAUAUUCUUUAAACUCUUUUACCGACAAAUCUCAACCAAAGCGCAUAAACCGUGGUAAGUGUAAAAUAAAUAGAGACUAUUAAAAGCUGAAAAAAAAACAAACAAAAAUAAAAGAAAAUUAUGCAAAAACGAAAACCCACGCGACCAAGGCGCACGCAGACAGACACGACAAACACCAAAGUUCAACUUAUAAGGCGAGAACUUGUCUUGAAGAUAUUCUUGUAUGUACAAUACUUUGAAUGCUUGCACAAUACACUCAUACAUAUGUAACUAUCAACGGGUAAUGCUGAGGCAGCAACAUUAUACAUACCAACAUAUAUUCAUACAUAUCUAUGCACGUUCAUUGAAUACUCAGGUGAGUAUGAGCUCUUGAAACACCUGAGCGCGCUCACUUCUCUCGCACUCUUAAGAGUCCCAUUAUUUCGCCGCAUUGCCAUUUCGCCGUCAAGAUCAUACUUGCUGUGAGUUUUGGAACUGAUCUUCAUUUUGAAGCUGUUCUCUAAUGCCAAAGACAGUUAGUUUGGAUUUUCUUGAUUCUCUGUAUCAUUUUAGUACUUUAUAGAGAGCGCUGAUGCUGACUUAUUUGUUGAUGUUUUUGCUUUUUAUUUUGGUUUUCAUUUUUAUUUUCUGCUUAUCUCGUAUGGAUUACCUGUAUUUUCGGUUUUAUCUGCUUAUGUGUGCGUGUGAGUAUCUGUGUGUUGCAUUUACCUGAAUUCGCUUCAUUUCUGGUAUUGUUUGUGGGCAAACAGCGAAAACUUUUGGAAUUCUCCACAAUUUCCAAUUUCAGUUGAGAGUAAAACGUUUUGUUGCGCAGAAGCCGGAACGCACGCGGACAACGUGAUUUUUUUUUUGAGAAAUAAAAUGAUCAAAUUAAAAAAGUUGAGUUAAAAUUGUUUUAAUAAUUGAAAAUUAUCAAAAAUAAUUAAAAUAAAAGUAAAAUUCACUAUUUUUUGUUGUUGCUGUAAGGAAAUUGUAAUAUAUGUCUUCCUGAGUGCGCCCUUGAUUUUGUGACCAGCAGAAAAUGUUGAAAUCUUUUAAGUUGCAAAAAUGUGUAGAUUCUCUAUUGCUAUGCCGCUUUGAAGCUUUGAAAAUUUGUUUUCCAAGUCUAUAAAAAUAUGUGAAAUGAUCGCGCGGUGCGGAAACUGAAGUAAAACACAAAACUAAUUGGAACGCGCCUUGUGUUUAUAGUAAAAAUUAAUUUGCAAAACAAACAAAUGAUACGCGAUACAUUGGCGGCGCAAAUAUCUAUACAUAUUUACAUGGAAAUAUACAAACAACUCAAAUAAACCGAAUUGCUAAGGCAGAAGCCGCAGUUUUAUAUGGUAUUGUCGUAUGUUGCGUGUAUGUAUGUAUGUAUGUGUAUGUAUGCAGUGUAAAUACACCACCAAACCACUGCCCAGUCUGAACGAGCGCACAGCAAAAUUUUGCGCUGGAGUCACUUUGCCACUCGAGAAACUUGUUUAGAGCGUUAAAGUUUGCAAAAAGCUACGACGACACGACAAUAAACCAACACAGCAUUUAUUUACACACCGCGCGCACUGUCGGUGAGUCUACCCCCACGAGUAUUUGCAACGAAACGACACCAACGCGAAAUGUACGCAUGCGCAACCAAGUGUAAUCCAACAGCGAACGGCGCGCAUGCGCAAAACAAAUAACAAAUUAAAAAAUUUAUUAUUGCAUUGCUGGUGUGAAUGUGCUUUUAUGAAAACGUUAAAAAAGCGUUUUCAAAAAAUGAAUUAAAAAAUUAAUUAAAAUUUAAAAAAAAAAGUGCAAUAAUUAAUCUGAAAAUUUUAAGAAAACAUAAUUAUCUAUACAUAAAAAUUUUAAAAUUGCUCAAGUGAAGAAAGAAACCCCAGUCCGUGUGUUCUAAUUUCACCCGCUUGCUUUGUGGAUUACGACGCGGCGCUUUCUAUAGAAUGCCGUUAACGUGUCAGCGCUUCAGCUGUCGUAGUUGUUGUUGAGCAUAAAAUGCAAGGAUUUUCGCUGGAGAGAUUAACGCCACUGCUGCUGCUGGUGCUGCAAUUCUCCUGCUGCCUCAUAGAUACCUCGCUAGCGGCGCGCAACCCACGACAGGGCGGUAGUGGUGGUGGGGGUAAAAAUGGUAGGGCGGAACGUUAUCGUGGCUCACAGCAAGCGGCGCGAAAGCGUCAUAAUGGCGCGGGUGGUAAUGGCUUGGGUGGCGUGAAUGGUAUUGGAUCUGCAGUAAUGGCACAAAACCAUGAGAAUAAUCAUACGGAAUUCGUGAAGGGAAAAAUUUGCAUUGGCACCAAAUCUCGUUUGUCCGUACCAUCGAAUCGUGAACAUCAUUAUCGUAAUUUACGUGAUCGUUACAACAACUGUACUUAUGUUGAUGGCAACUUAGAGUUGACCUGGUUACAGGAACCCGAUAUGGAUCUUAGUUUUUUGGAGAAUAUACGCGAAGUGACCGGCUAUAUACUCAUCAGUCAUGUGGAUAUACAAAAUGUCGUAUUCCCAAGACUACAAAUCAUCCGCGGCCGCACUUUGUUCAAUCUCAAUGUACAAGAUCAACAGUUUGCUCUGUUCACUGCCUACUCGAAAAUGUUCACACUCGAGAUGCCCGCACUCAGAGACAUACUGCAAGGUUCUGUGGGUUUCUUUAACAAUUUCAAUUUGUGUCACAUCAAAACGAUCGAUUGGAAAGAGAUCAUUUCGGGUCCCGAUGAUCGCUUCACAUAUGUCUACAAUUUCACACCACCGGAACGGCAAUGUCCCAAAUGCCAUGACUCCUGCGAGCGCGGUUGUUGGGGUGAGGGACCGAAUAAUUGCCAGAAGUUUAGUAAGAUCAAUUGUUCGCCACAAUGCGCACAGGGACGUUGUUUCGGCUCGCGGCCACGCGAAUGUUGCCAUCUCUUCUGCGCCGGCGGCUGUACGGGCCCAACGCAGCGUGAGUGUAUUGCAUGCAAGAAUUUCUACGAUGAUGGCGUUUGCAAGGAGGAGUGUCCGCCAAUGCAAAAAUAUAAUCCCACGAAUUAUCUAUGGGAAACGAAUCCCGAAGGGAAAUAUGCUUAUGGCGCCACCUGCGUGAAGGAGUGUCCCGAACAUUUGCUGAAGGAUAAUGGCGCUUGUGUGCGUAGCUGUCCGGCGGAGAAGAUGGCUAGGGAUGGCGAGUGUGUGCCGUGUAAUGGUCCCUGUCCGAAAACAUGUCCCGGCACGCCUGCCCUGCACUCGGGCAAUAUCGACUCUUACAUAGGUUGCACGGUGAUCGAGGGUUCCAUACGUGUGCUGGAUCAGACGUUCUUCGGUUAUCAACACAUUUACUCCAACAACUCGUUUGGCCCACGUUUUAUAGCUAUGCAUCCAGAUCGCUUGGAGGUAUUCUCUACGGUUAAGGAGAUCACAGGCUAUUUGGAUAUUGAAGGCGCUCACCCAGCUUUUAAGAAUCUAUCGUAUUUCCGCAAUUUGGAAGUUAUACAUGGACGUCAACUGAUGGAGAGCUACUUUGCUUCUUUGUCCAUAGUAAGAUCCUCAUUGGAGAGCUUGGAGUUGCGUAGUCUGAAACGCAUCAACUCCGGCGCGGUGGUGAUACAACAGAAUGAUAAUAUUUGCUUUGUGAGUGAUAUCGAUUGGCAGAAAGUGCAGAAGUCUGUGGAUCACGGUGUGGUAAUUGCACGAAACCGCAAUGAAACCGAAUGCAAAUCUGAGGGUCUUAUCUGUUCGGAUCAGUGCAAUAAGUCCGGCUGCUGGGGUAAAGGGCCCGAUCAGUGUUUAGAAUGUAAGAACUUUGCCUUUAACGGCACCUGUAUUGCUGACUGCCGCAAUAUAACGAACGCCUAUCAAUUCGACAAUAAAACUUGCAAGGAGUGCCACCCCGAGUGCCUCACCUGCUCUGGCCCGGGCGCCGAUCACUGCGACGAAUGUGUACAUGUGCGUGAUGAGAAACGUUGUGUCACCGUUUGCCCGGAUAACAAGUACUCGGACUAUGGCAUCUGUCGCACUUGCCACGAAACUUGCGAGGGUUGCACGGGACCAAAAGACACUAUCGGACCGGGUGGCUGCAAGACAUGUAAUUUGGCUAUCAUUAACAGUGAUACCACCGUGGAACGUUGUCUGCUGAAAAACGAUAAGUGUCCCGACGGCUAUUAUUGGGAGUAUGUGAACCCACAAGAACAGGGCAAUCUGAAACCGUUGGCGGGCAAAGCCAUCUGUCGCAAAUGUCAUCCACGUUGUGAGCUCUGCAAUGGCUAUGGCUUCCAUGAACAGGUCUGCUCUAAGUGCGCGGGCUAUAAACGCGGCGAGCAAUGUGAGGAUGAGUGCCCGCCUGAUCACUAUGCUGAUGAGACGCGCCGUGAGUGCUUUGAAUGUCAUCCCGAAUGCAAGGGCUGUACCGGCCCGAGCGCUGAGGAUUGUAUCGCUUGCCGCAGCUUUAAGGUCUUCGGUUUCGGCGAUCCCAACGACAACACAACUUUGUUCAACUGCACAUCUAAAUGUCCUACUGAGUAUCCAUAUGUCAUUUAUCAGUCAACCGAUAUUGGCACCUAUUGUUCGGAGGUGCCUAGUAAGGGCACUAAACUCACUGCCGGCGUUGAUAGUUAUAUCUUCUUUAUUGUGGCCUUCAUUGUCAUUGUGGUUUUGUUCAGCAUGUGCAUCGUCUGCUAUGUGUGUCGUCAGCGCACCAAAGCGGAAAAGGAGGCGGUGAAAAUGACACGCGUGCUUAGCGGUUGUGAAGACGCAGAACCAUUGCGCCCAUCGAAUAUUUCACCGAACCUUUCAAAAUUGCGCAUUGUAAAAGAUGCGGAGCUGCGGAAGGGUGGUGUGCUCGGCAUGGGUGCAUUCGGUCGUGUCUUCAAAGGAGUUUGGGUGCCUGAAGGAGAGAACGUAAAAAUACCAGUUGCAAUUAAGGAACUGCUUAAGGCUACUGGCGCCGAAUCCAGCGAAGAGUUCUUACGUGAGGCUUACAUAAUGGCUUCUGUAGAACAUCCGAACCUACUCAAGUUGCUUGCCGUUUGCAUGACCUCACAAAUGAUGUUAAUCACACAGCUAAUGCCGCUGGGUUGCCUGCUUGACUAUGUACGCAACAAUCAUGAUAAGAUCGGCUCUAAAGCGCUGCUGAAUUGGUCCACGCAAAUCGCCAAGGGCAUGUCUUACCUGGAGGAGAAAAGACUAGUACAUCGUGACUUGGCAGCACGUAAUGUGCUCGUACAGACACCGUCUAUUGUGAAGAUCACCGAUUUCGGUUUGGCGAAAUUGUUGAGCAGUGACUCGAAUGAGUACAAAGCGGCGGGCGGUAAAAUGCCCAUCAAAUGGUUGGCACUGGAGUGCAUAAGACAUCGUGUUUUCACGAGCAAGUCGGAUGUAUGGGCCUUUGGCGUAACCAUUUGGGAACUGCUUACUUUCGGUCAGCGACCACAUGAAAAUAUACCCGCUAAAGAUAUACCCGAUCUCAUCGAAGUUGGUUUGAAGUUGGAUCAACCGGCAAUUUGUUCACUCGACAUCUACUGCACACUGCUGUCCUGUUGGCAUUUAGACGCCGAAAUGCGUCCCUCAUUCAAACAGUUGGUGAAUGUAUUCUCCGAAUUUGCACGCGAUCCAGGCCGUUACUUAGUCAUACCCGGCGACAAAUUCACGCGUCUACCCGCCUACACAAGUCAGGAUGAGAAAGACCUUAUUCGAAAACUGGCGCCCACCACCGAGGGCCCAGAACCAAUGGUGGAGGCAGAGGAUUACUUGCACCCAAAGGCUGUAGCUGGUCCUCAGUGCGCAGAAGGUCCGGAUGAGGUACCACAACUCAAUCGCUACUGCAAGGAUCCAAUGAAAAAGAGCUCAUCGUCGGGCGGCGACGACGAAACUGACUCGAAUGCACGUGAAGUGGGCGUUGGUAAUUUGCGGCUUGAUCUGCCAGUCGACGAGGAUGACUAUCUCAUGCCCACCGGCCAGUCUAAUACGCCGAAUGGCACCACCGGCAGCAAUAACAACACAAUCAAAGCCAAUGGCCAUCCCAAUGGGGGUAUGGGUAUUGGCGCAGGUGGUUACAUGGAUUUAAUCGGUGUACCAGCCUCAGUCGAUAAUCCUGAGUAUCUGCUCAACCCACAAACGCUUAGCGUUGAUGAGGCGCCCAUACCAACACAAACCAUCGGCAUACCGGUGAUGAUGAACCGCAACGGCGGUAACACAAUGCCAAUGGCAGCGACUGGUGUGAAUGGUGGCAUUUUAAGCGGUCACCAUCAUCAAUCACAUCACCCACCCACCUCGGCGGCGGCUGUAGCGGCGGCGGCGAACACCAUUGCAGCGCUCACGGCUAUGCACGACAUGAAUGUGGCGGCAGCAAUGGCGGUGGGCAACGGUGGCUCGGAGCCGACCAGCUCGGAUCAUGAGUACUACAACGAUACGCAGCGGGAGCUGCAGCCACUGCAUCGCAGUGAGACGAGAGUGUAGUGAAUGCCGAACCAGUGGGAGCCGAUGACUGGUGGUUGUAGCCAAAGCGAAUGCGGCACGCGAACGUGAGAGAGAAAGAGAGAGCGGGAAAGAGGGGGUGUUGAAGGUGGGGGAGGAGCAGCAGAAAAAAGACUGCAACACUGCCUACGUGAACUUAACUUGCCACGAGAACUUGCAACGUGCCUCAUUUACAUACAUACGUGCAUAUACUUUAGAAAUAUAUGUAUGUAGUAAUGUUACUGUAAAUAUACACACACACACACAUUCACGCACAUACACAUAUAAAUUCGACUUGUAGCGAAAUCGAAAUUCGAAUCGAAGCAAAACAAACAAACAAACAAAUAAUUUAUAAGAAGAACUACAUACAUAUAAAUAUAUAUAGAAAUUAUACAUAAACAUAAAUGUAUGCAUAUAAGCCACUUAAGCUCCUACUUGGCGAAUGCCGACACUUGGACUUAGCCCAAAAAUAAAUCCACUCUUUAGUUGUAGGCAAUUGAGUAGCGUUUAACUGUACAUACAGACAUACACACAUAUGUAAUAAGUAGUACCUAAAUUAUUGUUGUAUACUGUAGUACUUAUUGGGUAGAGAUAAAACACGAUAGAAAUAACUGCAAAAUAUCAACUUGUAAAACAACAACUAGGAAAACACCACGAGUGCAUUUGAUUUAAAUGAAGAUCCGGUCCAACGACGAUGAAGAGCAAACAUUUUUAAAUUACAAUAACAAAAUAUUCCGUAUGGCCUGCGAAUCUUCAUGAACUCGUUGUCGUUUGUAACUGUAAAUUAUUAAAAAAUGAUAAUAAUAAAUUGCUUAGGCUAAUUCUAUUUUUGUUUUUACUAUAACAAACUGUGAUAAAUAAAUGAGUACGAAAACGAUGAAACACAAAAAUACAAAAA